AUUCAUUUAUUGACUUGCAAGUCGCGGGAACGUAUUUUGCGCGCAGAAGUUCUUUGCCCUGAGGCCCUGAUAACCAAUCAGCAAUAAGUACAAGAAUAAAUUUGGCCCGAGGUGACCCUGAUAUUCUCUGCAGAGCGUGGAGUGGUGCGCUGUGGUCACAUGGUCAGUUCCGAUUCUCAUUGAAGUCGAUCGAUGCCCCCGAACAUGCGUGAGCGAGCUUGGAAGUGAUCGUGAGGCUUGAUCUGCAUUGAGUUAGAUCUGCACUGACAAAAGCACGCUUUCGAAUGCCCCUGUAAAUCAAACACAUAGACACACACGCUCCAGGAACCUCAUGUGCUUUUGGGUAUUCAUCGUAGAAUUCCGCAUGCUCUUUAGAAAUGAAUAAAUCAGUUUCUUGUGGAGUAAACAUAAAAGUGGCAGUCCAUGCAUCUCGGCUUGUGGUCGCUUUUCUGCGAUCGGUACUGGUAACGUCACACGAGUUGAAACGAGGUCUUUUCGAAGAUGCCCAAGUCAAUGCUAAACAGUCAACUACAAGCACGUGGGGCACACUUUGUGCUUCCGAUGUGGACUAGACCUCUCUCCUGUAGUUCUCACCAAAGGUUAUCACAGCAGUUCGUGCACCCGUAGAAACUACGCGCGGGUGGAUGUGGGACGCGAACGAUGCUCACAUCUUCCUGUGUCCGGGUGCUCGUUCCAUCGAGAGCCACGUUAAAUCGCAACGAACCGAUAGUGUUCCUGCCUUCUAAAGCUGAAAUACGAUCGCCAGCCUCUCUUCGUCCUGUGUUAGAACGACUCGAGCUGGUUUGCUAGAUCGUGAACGUUAUUUUGGACCCACGGCUAUGCCCACGACUGCUUAGACAAUAGUCAGGCUCUCGGAGGCCGUCUCUGCUUAUGCUUUCACCAUCAUCAUCACCACCUGCCGCCAAGUUUCGCUCACUCUACGAUAGACUAGUACAGAAUCAUAUGGUCGUUCGUCGGCGUUGUGCGUGGUGUUGCGUCUUCUAAGGUUUGACCGAAAGCAAGCUAAAAAAAAAAAAAAAUUGCCUGCUUGUGAUUUUUUCGAGAAUCUUCUGGACCUCCGAUCAUUAGUCGAACAAAUGAGCCAGCCUCUGGCCGACUCCGUCGAUUUACGGGUCACAUAUUCGCACAUAGAUUAAAUUUUAUUUCCCCUUAAAGUUGGGCCGAGAGACAAUAACUGCAGCAGUCGGUGCGUUCGAACAACGUCGCGCAGGCGUCUCAAGCGGAUUCGAUGCAACAUGGAAGCGAAGCGACUUGAGAACAAGCGGCGAAAGGAAAAAGAAAACUCCGGCAAGGAAGUCGACAGUCGAGCCGAGAAGAAGCGUCUCCUGAAACACGACUGGAGUCAGACGCAUGCUGAAGUGAGCGCUACGUUGGAUGUGGGCUUUCCCGUGGAUUCCAACCAAGUGACCCUCGAAUGCACGGACUGCCAAUGUUCCGUCACACUGCCUGAUGGCCGUCAGUGGCAGUGUGAGCUGUAUGCGCCUGUGGUAGCUGAGUGCACCAGUCUGGUUCAGAAAGCCAAAAGAGUGGUGGUGAAAAUGGUCAAGCAGGAUCCCAACAUCGACUGGCAGCAACUUGAGAAAGUGGAAGGGGCACCGCUGUCACUGCCGUCUUCUGACGAAGAGUCGAAAGAUGAGAAUCCACCUGUGGAACUUGUCAGUCCCAAGUACGACUACUACGAGAGUGGGGCAAAUGGCGACACGGUCACAGUCACACUGUUUGUCAAGAGCAUCUCCAAGGAGGCAUUGGCUGUGGACUUUGAUGAAAAGGGCUUCCUGGUGAAGUUUCACACCAAGAACACUAACACUGAGUUUUUGGAGCAGCAUGGCGCAUCAGAGGAGACAACGUUCACGUGGCGCGUCAACGUUAAGGAAGCCAUACGACCAGAGGAUUGCCGGUAUCGGCUAAGCCCAUGCAAGCUGGAGCUGGUUCUCAAGAAGAAGGUGGCAUCGCGGUGGUCAUCACUCGAGCCGACCCCUCCUCCCAAGAAAAUUGAGCCAGUGGCGGCUCCCAGCAACACAUGGGUACCUGUGUCGAGGAACGUGCAAGGCAGGACGCCACUGACCAACGUGGCCCCCGUGCACCAGCUGUCGCAGAGCGCGCAGCCCAGUGUCCAGCCCGCUGUGCUGGACUCUUGCGCUGGAGAUGCAUCGACUGCCUCAGCCGCUCAUGUUGACCCACUCUCAAAGAAGGUCAUCAACAAGCUGGAAGUGCGGCCGCCCCCGGCUCCUGCAGCUGUGGUUGCCCACGGCUACACGGGCCUGGACAACUUGGGCAACACCUGCUUCAUGAACGCUGUGCUGCAGUGCCUGGCCAACACCCGGGAGUUCCGCGACUACUUCCUCAGCGCCACCUUCCAGGGCGAGCUGAACCGGGACAACCCCCUUGGCAUGCACGGAGAGCUGGCCGUGGCAUUUGCCGUCCUUGCCUCGUGGCUGUGGUCGGGCAAGCAGCGCUCGUUUGCGCCCGCUCGCCUCAAGAGCCUCAUCAGCAUCAAGGCGCCCCAGUUCACGGGCUUUGCACAGCACGAUGCCCAGGAGUUCAUGGCGUUCCUCCUGGACGGACUGCACGAGGACCUCAACCGCAUUCACAACAAGCCUUACGUGGAGAGGGUGGAGUCAAAUGGCCGACCAGACAGCGUGGUUGCUGACGAAUCUUGGAGCAACUACAAACUCCGCAACGACUCCAUUGUGGUGGAUCUCUUUCAGGGCCAGUACAAGUCCACCGUCAUCUGUCCGAAAUGUAACAAGGUGUCCAUUAGCUUCGAUCCUUUCCUGUACCUGACGGUGCCGCUGCCAAAGAGACAGCGGGUGUUUGUGGUGCACUUUUUUGCGCUCGACCCGCAGUCCAUUCCGGUCAAGCUUCGGGUUAGGCUCAACCAGGACGCCAAGAUCCAAGACCUCAAAGAGGAGAUCUUCAAGAAGACAAAAGUUUCCCCAAAAAAUCUACGCUUACUGGAGGUCUACAACCGGAGAAUUUACAAAGUGUACGGCAGGGAAGAAAGCCUCAUUGGUGUGACCCCGAAAGACCAAAUCUUUGCGUUUGAGGUUCUGGACAAGGAAGCUGUGCGGGAGCGAGUGGUGGAGGUGGCUGUUGUGCAGAGGGCACUGAUGCCUCCCCUGGCGAACACCUGCUCAUCCUGUGGCAAGGAGUGCGUGGCCGAAGAGGACAAACUGAAGCGUUGCACCCGGUGCUUCCGUGUGGGCUACUGUAAUCGGACGUGCCAGACCAACCACUGGCAACAGCACAAGAGUGCCUGCAAGUUCUACCCAGAGCUGGUAGGCCUGCCUUUUGUGCUGAGCAUGCCUGCAUCCCAGGCGACCUACCAAAACCUCUGCCGGCUCAUGGAGGCUCAUUCGAGGCAUUCUGUGAAUGUCUUCCAACCACCCGUGGAGUCUAGCAAGCGUACAUUGGACGCAGCUACGGCCGCAGCUGCCUGCAACAAUGAGGUGGCCGACACUAACCAGGAAGUUGAGAUUCACGCCGACGCCGUGAGCCAAGGUGCCGGAGACAGCAGUGGAGCCAUGUUCACGGUGACCAGUGUAAACACCGAAAACAUCGCCAGUAAGACUGACUUUGUCCUUGAAGAUGAAGGGAAUGAGCCUUUGGACUUCAGUGGAGUGAUCCGUUUGGCGAUGGACUGGAAGAACGACCAGCGUCAAGGGAACUAUGUCCUUGUCGAGUCUAAGGAAGUGGAGUACUCAAUGUCCAACGACGACCGCGACAUGUCCGUUUAUGAGGAGGACGGCAUCACACUAGACCAGUGCCUGCGGCUGUUCACGGAGCCCGAGGUGCUGGACCCGCAGGAGGCGUGGUACUGCCCGGGCUGCCGUGAGCAUCGCCAGGCUACCAAGGAGUUCUCCCUGUGGCGGUUGCCCGUUGUGCUCGUCAUCCAGCUGAAGCGCUUCUCCUUUACCCGUUCCAUCUUCCGCGACAAGAUUGACAAGAUGGUCGAGUUCCCCGUCUAUGGCCUCAACAUGAGCCCUUACUACUGUGGUCCCGGGAGCAGCGAGGGUCCCCCUCCCAUAUAUGACCUGUUUGCUGUCACCAACCAUCAUGGCGGCAUGCUCGGUGGCCACUACACCGCAUUCGCACGCUGUGUCGACCCUGUGGACACACGCCUGAGCGAGAUCGGUUGGAGGCUGUUUGACGACAGCCGCGUCGUCGACGUGUCAGACCCUCGCGUCGUGACUGCGUCGGCGUACAUGCUGUUCUACCGGCGCCGGGGCGUCCCGUUCGAGCUGCCGGCCAUGGUGCCUCGUGCCUCGCCCUCCUCCUCAAGGCUCGUGCCCGUGCAGUCACAGAAGCUCGUCAAAGACCAGGAGAACUUGCUGGGCCAGGAGCUGGCCUGCCUCAACGACAGCAACAACAACAGGCACACGUCUGAGGCUUCCGACGACUCGGCGAUGGACGAGGAGGAAGACAUGAACUGCCCGGACUGAUCGCUGGGGCUUGGGAUGUUAGUGACCCCCCCCCCCCCCCACUCUAGGUGGUUUUGAAAUUGUUACUUUUCUUCUCCUUUAUGGGGUGUGUUUUGUUUAAUUUUUUUUUUUUCUAAAGCAGCUGCUUUCUGCAUGCAACGUUUUCUUACUGGUAAUGUAUGUAAGGCCAAAACAAGCCCCGGUGGUGCUGCGAAUUUAGCAUGGUGUGAAUUAUGUACAACCAGUCAGUGCAGUGAGGCAGGGUAGUUGGUUGCUGGAACUUGCUCUCAUGUGUGCAGCCCAGACUUGAUACGUACGCACACGGAACGGAACUAGUAGACUGGACGAGCUCUACUCAAAGCUGGAGGAGCACUCUUCCAUUGUUGUUUCUUUUUGCGUGUGUGUAAUCAAGUCCACGCUGCAAACAUGAGUGCAAGCUAUCUUCUACAACCAGCACCCUCUUCUUGGGCUCGUUUUAGACAGGCGAUUCACAGUAUGUGAAAGGGGGCUAUUUGAAGGUCUCCCAGCAAGCUUUUCUGAGCACAGCAUGGCGUCAAAAAGAUGGUGGAUCCCUGCCUUGUGAAAGAGACUUCAAGAGAUUGUUGGUACAAUUUUAUUGGCAAUGUAGCACCUCCCGUUAUGUUGUAGUAAAUGUUAAACUUUGCUGUUAAUUCAUGAUGGUUAGUUGUACUGGCUUUGUUGAGUGUACUCGUGAGGUAGAAAAAGCCCUCAUACCUGUUCAGAGCAACAACAUACAUUUUUGCUGGCAAAAUCUUUUGGGCGAGAUAUUUUUUUAUUAUUGUUAUUAUUCCGAUGCAAGGCACCACCACGCCACGACUGUGAUAAAGAUUUGCUUGCAGAAUUUUGCAUAUUCUUUCGUUUGUAUGCAGUUAAAAUUGCUUCCUUCUUUCUUUUUUUCUUUUUUUUUCAAAGCAUUUAUGGUUAGGUGAGCAGCUUCGUGUACGCUUUCCAUUUAUGCAACCACCUCAUUGCUUGCCACAAAAGUCUUGGAAGGCCAGAACAAGUCCGGGUCCUAUGUGUUUAUUUAUAAAGAAGUUCAGGCUGUCAUAUGUGGCUUCAUGCUCCAGAGAUAUCUCUUGUGAGCUGUAUGGCAUUCAAGAAGAAAACGCACAGCUUUGAAAAUGCUGCAUAGUUUUUUACUAUUAAAGAAUGCUGUGCCAUCAUUUUUAAUAUAGUCAUCACUUGCUGAUUUAGCAGUGCAUUGCAUUGAGACAUUUUUUCAGCUCAUCAGCUGAAAAAAGAAUCAUCAUCAUUGUAUCAUUGGUGUUCCUUCUUCUGCACAAAGCAGCCCUUGCUGCUAAGCAUAGAAGGAGUUGAUGAAUUUAUUUUCAUUACAUGUAAAGAUUGAAGUAACACUCUCGACUUGUGAUGAACGCAGCGUGACACUUGUGGAAAAUGUGCUCAUGCAGUUUCAUGUCAAUUGGCAUUGUUUGCUGGAAGAGUAGGAGCUGGUUUGGAAGCUUACUAACUGCAUGCUUUCAUAACAGAAGGGGGAAGGGGGGAGAGAAAAAAAAAAAAAGACGAAAGAUCAGUCUUUUCAACUGUUACACUAGUGCCACAUGGGGCACUUUAGAUCGCAUUCGAGCCCAAUAGGUAUCGAAUUUCACAAUCACGAUUGGCUCCUUUGUAUAAACGGCAGAAAGGAGCUAAUCACAAUCAAGAAAAUCGAUCCUGAUCUUAAGUGCCCCAUGUGACUGGAGUAUUACAUUGCUACCUUGUUGCUUGGUUGUGGAAAGUAAUAAAGAAACAAUAAUGUUUCUUUAUUAUUCAUUCUUUUUUUUUUCCGACAAAUUAUCGUUUCUUUUGAUACUUGUUUCAGUAUUGAUGAGGGAAAUGAUGACAAUGAGUCUUCCUUAGCCAGAAAAUAACUGCUCCUGUUUUAUGUGAAUUGUUUUUUUGUAUGUCUGUAGUGUUAAGGUAGGAAGCGUCUCUGCAUUCAUGUAUACCUUUCAAUGUCAAUGACAUGAUUGCCCUGCGGCAGUAUUCUUGCCUGAACACUUUUGAUGAUGUCACUCUUGGCAUUUAUGCAAAUUAGUUUCUUAACCCACUGGUGCUGGGGCAGGGAAUAUCCCUCAGUCACGCUGGACUUGCGUUAAUUCGACUCUGGUUAACUUGAUUUUUUCGGUUAUUUCGAUCCCAACCAGAGGUCCCGACCUGUGCCCAUGUAUUUCUAUGGGCCCAAACUUAAUAUAUUUCUUUUCUAAAAUUGGCCUUCCCUGAAUAAUUCGAACUUGACCAGUAAGCACACACGCGUUUAGCCCCCUAUGGUAACACCAUUGGCAACCCCUUUAGUGGCAGCGCCCAUCUCGGCAUAGCGUAGCAGACUGAAUGUGUUGAACACAUCAUCUACCGUCAAAAGCAAUUAUUUUCAGCCUGCCCUGUGAAAAUUCUCAAGCAAUAACCGUAACUCCCAACGUAUAGUUAUGGUAUUUAGCCGAUUCUUACGUGCACAUUUUGCUUUCAAGACAAUUAGGCCGAAAAUUGCCUGUGCAGUGCAGUCGGAUGCAAUAUCAAAACCACCUUCGCAGCGUUCGUAUGCUUUACUGCAUAGCAAGUAUAUUGUGCGGCGAAGCUGACUUUUAAUUGUACAGUGAAGCUGACUUUAGGAAACCGGCUGCCAUUGUGCAACACUUAUGAGACCUUCUGCCAUUUUUCUCGCUAAAAAGUCGGGUGUGCAGUAGAUUUCUACUUCAUUUAGGAGCUUUUAUGUCAUCUAUGUGUUAGUUAUCUCCAUUGGACACAUGAAAAGUGGGCAAGCAUUUUAUUCGGGAGCUUGUUACAAUUGGGAGAAUACUGCCAAAUGAAUCAGUGGUGUGUUUUUGUCUUUUUUUUCUCCAUCUUGUUUAAUUCGACCAGCCGGUUUAGUCAAUCAAGUUCGUUGGUCCUGCCAGGUUUGAAGUAAUGGAAGUCGACUGAUGCAAGUUCUCCAAAAUUAUUGAGGUGAUGACGCUGGCACUGUAUUAAGAUAAACACAUUUGCCGAUGUCUCUCUUUGCAAUGUCACUUUAGGCAGUGUUAUGUUCCUGUACUUGUUGAUGUAACUUUGUUUUGCACACCUCUGGUGUUUAAAGCAGGGAUUGUCUCCCGCCUCCAACACCAGUGAGUUAUAGCACUGGGGGCUGUAUUCUGUAAACACUUUUUGUAAUGUCACUGUUGGUGAUGUCAUUUAUGGUGGUAUAUAACUGCUACUGUUUGUCAAAAUUUGUUUUUAUUUGGCUUUGGAUUUUAGGCCAGAGAGCAUCUCCCACUCUCACAUAUUCUCCAACACCAAUGCUCACAUCACUGGUGCUGUAUUCUCUACUGAACGCAUCUGUUGUUAUCAAUCUCGGCGAUGCCACUUUUGGCCUUGUCAGCUUUUGGAGGUGUUGGCUAUGUCACCCUUUGCAAUGUCACUCUCGGUGUGGUUUAGUUCGUUAGCUCAUCAAAGGCCUUGUUCUUGAAAAUAUUUCACGAAUGCGCACAUCUCCUGCUUCCUUGUUAUUUUUCAUGUCACCGGCUUCUUGGUUUCGUCAUGCAGGACUUCCUGUCACUACUGUGAGGCUUUGUGCGUCUUGUUGUAUCAGGUAAAAGUUCAAGUUAUCUAUGGAAGAGUUCCACGCAAAGCACGGUGAUUGGCUGUAACCUGAGACUGCCGGGUUGCAUGCUGACAUAUAUUGGUGGGUUGUGAGAGGUAAGAUAAGCUUUUGGCUUCCGUCAGCGACCUGUAAGUCACAAAUUCACGGUUUUUAAUUAAAGUGCAUGUGGGCUGCAUGCUAGGUACAUUAUUGAAGCCUUUGUGGAUCUGAUUGUUACUCAUUUCAAGCAGUAUUCUUUUUCUUGGGGAAUUCCUUUAAUGCACAUGGUUGGUAGCUUAACAUUUGGCGUCCUGGUAAUUCGAUAACCUCAUGUUCUUGCAUUGCAUUUCAGUGCUUCCUAAUAUGAGCUCACUAGCGAAGCAUCACUUGUGGCUGAAAAUUUUCGGCGGCACAUGCUUGGCACUUUUGGUAGACAGACUCGGAUAGAUUUCAAAACAGUACUGUGUUAAGAGCCCCCGAGUAAAUUGUGGGCACUUAACAGGUGGUGAACAGUUUUCUCAUUUUUAGAAAGUGUUUUCUUGAUUUGGUAUAACAGGAGUUGCAUAGUUUAUAAGAGACAAAGGCAAUUUCUGGCGUUGUUGCCAUCGUAGGUUGGGAGCGGCACCGAGUCGUUGAGGAAUGAUGCUUAGUCUGUGAUGGAGGGCUGCAUGCUCAAGCAAAGUUUCAGGUGUCAGGUUGUCAUAUUCUGUUUUAGAGUAGAUGUGAUCAUGGCUGAGGUAGAAGAUAAGCUUUAGACCCUCUCGGUUCUCCAUGCAUAUUUCUUUGUUAAUCAGCUUUGUUGAAAUUAUUUUGAGGUGUGUGUGCUAGCAGGUCGGGAGGCCACAAAUUGCAGGCAUUUGCACUGCAUUUGACGUACCGAAGUAUUGUAUCGAUAAGGAAGAGUCCUUGAGUGCUUUCUUUUUCAAAUCUACUGACUGAAUACUUCUAGUUAGCAAAAUGAAAUGCCAUACUACACUGCCUCUUAUCUAACCUAGUGUAUGAUAACCAGGAGAGUUGCCGACUUCGGCCUUUUUCUGUCUUGGCUUGCAGUGCUGGUCUUGCUCGCUUUGACUGACAGCCACGCAAUGCAUUUUACGCUAAGACAUUUCUCAUGAAACGUGUUCUGCAAGGUUUGCUUUGUGCCUGAAUGCGUGUCUAACUUGUGUAACUGCAGCUGGCUAGUUAGGUCUGACAUUUGUUAAUUUUUAGUUGUCUCCUUUCUUUGAAGUUGGUGUAAUUUUUAAGCCACAUGUUAAAAGCUGCUAAUUACAGUGAAACCUCAUCAUAAGAAAGUCAUAUUCCACACGAAAAGACCUCCGUUACUCCGAUAUUUCUUACAAGUAUACACACUGAUGUCAGCAGAAAAAAAAUUCACGAAUUUUAGUUUUACCUCAUUGUAUCAGAUAAAUUGUUAUAUUUGUUUUUGUUAUUUUGAAGUUCUAGUAUAUAAGGCUAAGUGAAGACAUCUAAAGUGGCAAUAAGCUCCGUACUUGUCUCGAUGGCCAUUUCCUAUGCAUGAAGAAGCAAGACAUCACUUAAUAAACGAAAAGAAUAUUGCUUACAGUAUAGAGUUAUUUAAAAGUUUGUUUCUCCUCAGUGUUCCCCUAGGCUGUACCAACAAAUGUAUUUAAGCUUUGGAAUAAAUAUAAUUAAAGUUCAGACACAUUGUUCAAAAACUUAUAUUGAUCAGUAAUGUGUAGAAUAUCUAUCAAAAGGGUGUCAUCAAAAAGCUUAAGAAACCUGGAAGCUGAUGCCGCUGUCAAUGAAUUUUGAGAUUAUUGAUGGCUAUGUUGUCAUUAGUAAGGCCGAGUUUGCGUACAUGUGCAUUUGUGCCAAGUUCUUUAUAGUUUUGAUCACACUUGCAGACAUUUCUUGAGGCACAUAAAUGCUUUGUCCUCUCAAAAUCCUAAGUGAACGACCCUGCAACAGGCUAGUGUAGUAUUAGGGCCAUCCCACUUUUAUUGACGUAGUCUCUGUUCUAGCCACUUUAGGUGCUUCCCAAGCCAGUGAAGUAUGGAUUUUAAUUGUUAUGCUCCUUGCCACUUAACCUGCCUUAGUUAAAUGCUAGGUAGUAGUGAACAUGUUCAUUGCCCUCUGUGAAUUGUACUUCUGUUUCACUCUUUGUGAUGGUUUCGAUGUCUUGCUUUCUCUUUCUCCUUUCUUGAUAUUCAUUUUUGACAACAGUGUUGUCUUUUUACAACAACAGUGUUGCUUCUUUGCUUUGUUAGUGUUGACUAGCAUUCAAGUCGUAAGCUCGACGUACAUCAUUGUUUGCACAGGCCUGCCUUGUACCAAAGCUGUAUAUAUUUUUACCCCAGCGGUGAAACUUGUUGUUUUGUCAAUAAAAUCCAGUGCAUGAACAUUGGA